UUGCCAGCGGGGAGUAAAAACAAAAUGGCGCGGCCGUGCGUGUUUUCUAGUGCGUUGGCAUCUGCUCCGUUCUUCAUGCGCGUCAUGUCACGCAACGCAAAUUGUGCGCUUGUCAGAAUCUGGGCGAGCGGCCGCGGACUCUAUGGCCCGUCGUGCUAGCUGUCAUUAUGACAGUACAGCAUCGUCCCGCCGCUUCGAACGCACUCCGCUUUAGACCGAGGCCCACGAGUGAUGUAGUCGGCAAGCUUUCGUAGCGAGUUCGCAAAAAGUGAUAGCCAUGUCUAUAGCACGCAUAUUGCGUGUUUUUCUAGUCUCUUUUACCCUAGUUGUGGCCCUGGUUGUCAUCUGCAGGACGUCUGGGUGUUUAGCCCUUGAGAAGAGCCGACCUGACUACAGUGUUUAUCACAAUCUGUCCGCCGUGUACGCCGAAGUCGCCGCCUUGGCAGAAAGUUACCCGGCCUACGUUCAAGUCGAUCACAGGUUCAAAUCGCACAACGGCCUCUCCCAGCUGGUGGUCAGGCUUGCAAACUUCUCGGACAGCACGCUGCACGCGGCGCCGCGGUUGCAGAGCUUCAAGGUCCGCGCGCUGCUCCUGUUCGGGCAGCGUGGCGGUGAGCUGGUGACGGUCGAGAGCGCCCUGCACUUUCUACGGCAGCUGUUCGCGGGACUCUCGGCUCCUAGUCACACCGUGGAGGCGGCCUUCAGUCGGACGCUCCUGUCCAAAGUAGACUUGCACCUCAUCAUCAUGGUGAAUCCCGACGGCUUUAACCACGCUGAGCGGACAGGCAAUUACUGCUUCGAUGGUACAGCAUCGGGAGCCAAGGUGGACUCUCUCUUCACCUGGGACUUGGAUAAACACCUGAUGACUGCGGAAGCAGAGACCCAAGUUUUGCUGAACCUGAGCCGGGUGCAACAGUACGACGCAUUUGUCGCCUUCCGUUCAGGCACCCGAGAGAUCCACCUACCUUAUGCAGGUGUACAGCCUGGGAGGCUCAGUCGCAAGCCAGCCAACCUGGAAGCAAUGACGGCAUUCGCCAGGGAAGUUGCUUGGGCCGUCAAGCCACGGUUUAUCUACGGACAGGCACGGCAUCUGCUUCUAAGGCCACUCAAUGGAACGGCUCUAGACUUCAUGGCCGGAAUACGCAAGGUUCCGUUUUCCCUGUCUAUCGGCCUCUGGGAAGAGCUUGGCAGUGCCACGAGUACUGAUUGCUUCCGGCAGCUGAAUCCUGACAGCGUUUUGCUCAAGAAAACUCUGGAAGAGCUGCACCCCUUAUACCAGGCUCUGUUCCUGCACCUGAUACGGUGGAAGGAGCAGCAGUCGCGCUUUGCCUUCAGCAUCGAGAAUGACGGGCCGUCCCUGCUGGUCUGCGUUGUGAUGCUCUCCCUAGUCGUGCUGGUAAUGCUCCUCUUCACCUGCCAGCGCCACCUGCCCGACUCGAUGCGCUUCUACCCGAGGCGCCGUGUUGUCAACCUCAAGAUGUUGAGCUCAUCGCUCCACGGCAGCUGAUGGCAGCGGUCGCUGCUGUUCCACUGAGCUGUGCUGAAGGAGCCCCACCAUGUUUCCCCGAACCACGUGUUGCCUGUUGUGUUUACAUUGAAUUAUUUUGCCGUUACUGUGUGUGUGUUUGCACGAACAUGACACUGUGGUAGGCUUCUGGCUACUUGGAAGCUGGAAAAAAAGAAAGAAAGAAAUAAGCCUAGUUUAGUGCAGGUGUUUUCAAAGCACCAAACAAUGAUGCUAGCCUAUGGGGCCAUGCGCAUUUGUCUGCACGCCCAUCGUGCUGUCUAGGUGCCAUCACCUGCAUUAUGCAGGUCCCUGUCCCUUUAGUAGACAAAACUUGUGGUGGCCGUGUUACUCCAACAGAGCAUGAAGACAGCGGGCGACCACAUACAGAUUUCCCCAGAGAAGGACAAAGGUGCUCCCGAGAGGGGGAGCGAAAGUAUUUUGCUGUCGAGCCAGGAAACACACUUUUUCCCUGUUGAACAGGCCAUAAAUGGAUGUCACAGUUAAAAAAAAGAAACAAGCAAAAACAGCAUGUUAGCAUGAAUUAGCUAUGCAUAAAGCAAGUGUAGCAUUGUGCCCAGAACGGGGUCUUUUAGCAUAGCACAGUGGGCAGUCCGUUGCUACAACGCUUUGCAGCAUAUUACCACCUACAUACGUGCCACGCACAGCGCAGGCGUGCUUUGCAGUGAUGAGUCACCUUUUGUGCUAUGCAAAAGGCCUUAACGGCAUAGUGAAGCAUCGCACAAUGUGUAGGCCAUAUAGCAAGUGCGCGCCAUGGCAGCUGCGUUUGUACAGUGAGGCCAUGCACUUGUGUAUUGCAGCAUUGGAUUGGGUACCUAAAGCCUCGUGACAAGAUUGCCGAGUUUACUUGAGUUCUUUUGUACCGUCAACCUCAUCUCACGACGUUGCGUGUACUCCCGCUAUUCACAGAUCCACGCUUCCUGCGACCAGGGAGCCAGCUUUCCCACAAAUGCUUCAAUGCGUAGUGGCCGUACUCGCCGCAUCUUGAAGUACAGGAUCCAGGGAAUGAAGUGUGUUAUAUUUGGAGCGUGAUUCCAAACAUAAUAGGAGGCACCUCAUCAUAUUCGUGCAAAUACAUAGUGUCAAUGGGGGUUUCAAGGGCUCAUUUGUCGAGGUGCCCAUGGUGUCUAUUGGUUUAUUUUAAUGCUAGGUGCAUUUAGGAUGGCAGCAUUAACAAUAGCUGUUCUGGUUUCAGCAUGCUUGCACCUUGGCAGACUGUGCUUGACUGUGGUGGCUUGUUCGAGCAGAGCACAGAUUUGCCUUCUGGACCGACUAGGUUGUGCUUCUGACCAAAGCUAGCUGGUCGAGCAUAUUAUGUGUGACGCCCUUAGUAUAUGUGGACAAGUGUUGUUAAUCGUGUAUUAUUAAGCACAUUGUACAUCUUGUUGAGCUCGGCAGGACACUUACUGCGCAUCUCUACAUUUGCAGGUUGCGUUGAAUUGGUAAUGCUAAUAGUGAAUCGACAGUUGAGGCUGUGCUGUGCAAACAUCUCUUGUGGUAUCCCACUGAUACACAUGUAUUUUAGACUCUGCAGUGUCGCACCUAGUGGGUAGCAUUACGACACAGAACCCUGUUCCUAGUUUGUGUGCCUUGUACGUUUGUGAGCAACGUUUGCGGUAGGGAGAAUGUGUGUGCUAGGUGUGCGCCUCUUGUGCCUACAGCUGUCCACGUCUGACUGGUUUGUCUGACUGACUUAAUGACAUAUCCCGACGUGGUGUUGUGACACGGUAUGUGCAUUUUCUUUUUUGGACCCACGCUUCUUUUAAUGGGCGACAAAGCAUUUUACAUUGUACUGUGUGUAUUGUAACUAAGGGCGUGCAAAUACCGAAUACUAGUAGAUUUCUAAUUGAAUAUUGAACUGAAUGAAUAAAUAAAAAAAGGAAUAUCGAAUAUCAGAAAUUUUUUCACAAAGUGUAAUGCUUAAUGUUUUGGGAAAGAAACUAUGGCAGUGCACGUGCUUGGGAGGCUCUUAGCAUUGCGUAACAAGAAUGUAAUAAGAUAUCGCUAACUUCGGUUCAUAGAAAUCAAGAUAUACAGUGCAGUCUUCUCUUAUCUAAAGGGAACACCAAAUUAGUAUUCCAGCACUGUUUAUAGCUUAGUUCUAGUGAAUAAAAGUCCGGAAAAUAUUUUUUUAUGUGUGGAAUGCCUGUUAAAUAAAUUCAAGUGCUUUAUUAACGCGAUAG